CUACAAAAAGUCUCCAACAUGUCGAGACGUGGCAUCAAUUCACCUCAUGACCCUACAGAGUUUUCCGGUGGUUCUCACGUUCUACGGGACCCCUGAUGAAAGAACACUCACCGAAGAGCAAACAAUCCCCGCAUCUCUUCGUGACACGUCUUCUUUCACGAGAGUACUUUGUUUUUUGGCACUCGGACACGCUGAUCUCGAAGACCACUGGGAGUCCCUACAAUCCAAAGAAGAAUUUGAGGACGUGAGGCAAAGGUUAUGCUCUAUCCUGUCCAACACUGUCUCCGUAGCGAGCCUGCUUCUCGCGACAAGUGGCGUUUUCGUGUCCACAGGUUCUCCUGUGCCUUACUUUAACUAUUCCACACCUGCAACCUAUUUCCUACUCUUCAUGUCACUCAUGCUGGCCAUGAUUGCAGUGUUGACAUCUGGUUUGAGUAUGAUUCGCUGGCUACACACUGAUCAGCAGUGGAGUCGAGAACAACUUAGGACAGGCGGCUACUUCCUCUUUUCCUACCUGUUAUCAAUCAUCAUGCCCAUAUUAUUUGUUGGCCUAUCCCUGAAUUGUUUCAUAUUCGCGAUAUUGAUAGCAGGAUUUAACUUCCAAAAUACCGUCUGCCGCGUCAUCACCGCGCUCUGGCUAGUCAUAUAUGCCAUCUGCAUUGGGGCAAUAUUAAUGGAAUUCGCGUGGAGGUAUGCGAAAAGCCACAAAUCGCAAUGACCCAGACACCGUCGGAAGUUUCUACCAUUACUUUUCGCCUUUUUACCGUGGUGGAAUCUUUGGCGCUUGUAUGGAUGUACAAUAAGUUACAACUACAUAACGGGGCGGACGAUACUCCGGCGGAUACUGCGUGCUUGGAUAUUAAUUCUUUCUUGCUUUUGUCUCUCUGUGAGCGCCCUUCGAAACGCUCGUGAAUC